AUGAGUCAGCCGCCCUCGCUCGGGGCCAGUCCGCAAGGCCAGGCCGGCCAAGGCGGCAAGACCGGGCCACAUGUCAGGUACGGGGUCUCUGACCCAAUCUCGCUGCAGGAAGCUGAGCCGAAUGACUUGCUCUUGAGCGAGCAGAUGCGGGAGCACCUGGAGACGGUAUUCCCGACGGAAACUCCCGAGGGAAUGGACCGACGUCAGGGUGUGCUGCAGGAGCUGGAGAGAAUGUUUCACGAUUGGAUGUGCAAGCUGUGCGCAGAAGCCAACCUGUCAGAGGAGGAGAUUCGAAAGUCCACGGUCAAGAUUACGACCCUUGGCUCGUACAGGCUUGGUGUUGUGCAUCCUGGCAGCGACAUCGACACCUUGUGCAUCGCGCCGCCGGUCAUCCGACGGGAGGAUUUCUUCUCAACGUUUGCAACGCAACUGGAGCAGCAUGAGGACGUGGCAGAAUGCAUGCCGAUUCCCGAUGCGUACACGCCCAUCAUCAAGCUGAAGAUGAGAGGGGUUUGUAUUGAUCUUCUGUUUGCUCGACUGGCACGAGCACCAGAUGCAGAGCUAGCAGAGGAGGUGGUAAAGGAAGAUGAGGUCCUCAAAAACAUGGAUGAGAAGAGCGUGCGGUGUUUAAAUGGAUUUCGUGUGGCAGACCAAAUCUUGAAGCUGGUUCCGGACCAGGAGACCUUUCGGCGCACGCUGCGAUUCAUCAAGUACUGGGCCAGGCGAAGAGGCAUCUACUCGAACAUCGUUGGCUUCUUUGGCGGGAUCACCUGGUCCUUGCUUGUGGCCAGGAUCUGCCAACUCUACCCGUACUACGCGCCGAACCAGCUGAUCAACAGGUUCUUUCGCUUGUACCACCAGUGGAAUUGGACCAGGCCAGUAACACUCUGCGAGAUUGUGGAUCCAGCAGCUGGGCUUUACCUUUAG